AUGUUGCCAAAUAACGAGGUUCGCUUUCCCCGCCCGCGGGUUGCGCAGUCCGCUGUCCCGCGCGACAUCACCGCCGAGUUCACAGAAGCCGCCGCCAAGCUACACACCGGAAAGCUUGUCAAAGAUGAGCUCUUCACGUUAUUUGAGGCCGUGGGCGCAUUGGAGAUUAUGGACUCCAAAAUGGACAGUGGAUAUAUUGCCCCGGGGGAAAACCAUGCGCAGGCGCUGGAGGACGACUACGAUGUGCGGCGGGCGUUGACACCAGAAGAGGUCGUGGGCUUGAUGGAUCAGUUGCUCUGUCACGAGAUGGCGUGGCACAGGGGCCAUCCUCUUUCGCAAACACUUUUUACGUCGAUUUAUAUCGAUCGACUACUGUGGCCCGUCCCAAAAACAGCCGAGGACGCCCGGUUCGAUCGCCCACCCAGUGACUCGCCUCUAGUCAACCUCGUUCUAAGGGCAUACUGUUUGGCAUUGAUCAAGGCCUGUGAUUUGGUCCAUAUUCGAGUGACCUCUGAGUACUUUUAUGAGGAGGAAGAUUUUGUUUCGCAACUCUACAAUCGCAAUCUGCUGGCCAUGUUUGAUACAUCCCACUUCUACCGUCUGCUGGAUCAGGCAGUGGCUUGGGUUGAUGAAGAGAAAAGCAUCGACCAGAAGCUCCGGGAUGCCAUCCGAUGCCGGCUAUUGUUUCGGCGUGAGUUUUUGGCGGCACUGGACCAGGAUCUUGAUAUUCUCGAUACCAGGUCGACCGAAAAUUUUAAGUCAUGUGUAUCUCAUCUGGGUCCCCUGAAAAGCUCAGUGCCCUUGGGGAAGCCAUUGCCCGAAGCAUUCAGCAUGAAGAUCCAACGAAGACUCGCUAGCACUGUGCCACCUCGUCCGAUAGUGCAGCUCGGCCACGAUGACGCGCUGGCACACUUGGAACGGUUGUGCCAAGAUGCCAUUGACAUGGAACAAAUCCUCGAUUACCACGGGUCUAGUAACUUCAAGACUGCUGUAUGGACAUUGCUAUCUCGCAAGCCGCAGCCGUCUGUUUAUAUUCGAUGUCUCCUGCAAGCCUUGAUAGUCAGUGAAAUGACUAUUCUUGGUGCUGUUCCCGUCAAGCAGUUUCUUUUUGACGAUCUGGCCGAACUGGUGCUGCCUUCCAGUAUUUUGCUCGAGGCCAGCACGGACGAGGUGGAGCUUCCGUCUGAUCCUCGUUUCCAGAUUGCUCAAAAGAUGGACGAGUUUAAGAAACGAUUUGCGCAGCCUUUUGUGGAUACUGUGCGUUCUGCUUGUCUAAACCGAUGUCGUAUUCGUCGCACGAUUUGCCAUACCGUUGUGGACUGGGAUAAUCUCCAGAUGGAGGCCGAGGAUCUUGAUCUUCAAAUCCGCACGUUAAGCGCGGAACCACCGAUGCCGCUGCAGAACGGAGAGCAGACCUUUACGUAUCCGCUCAGUAGCUGGGCUUACCACCAGAAACUCAACCAGCUUCGGCUCAUCCUCCAAAUGGGAUUCGAGCUCUCAAUCUACGCGCCGGAGGAGCUUCCCGGCAUGUACUGGUACUUGUCUCAUAUAUGCUCCACGCAUCUUGGACACAUCGAUCGAAUCCGCACGUUCACCGUUGCGACGAGAAAGCGAGACAUCAUGUCCGCCAGCAAUCGCGCGGACAAUCUUGUUCCUAAAUCGGCCGCCUUCCACAAAUCCUUCCGGACCCUUGAACGACUGACCACUCAUCUUAUUGCGGUCGAUGCUUUUGCCAUUGCCUUGCAUGCACUGUAUGUGCUGCUGGCUCGUCACAAAGUACUGCCGUCUGCGUCAUCCCCCGAAGCAUAUUCGAGUGAGAAGCUACGGUACGAGCUACGCAUGAAACAUUUUCUUCCUAUCUCCUUGCCGGAACUGGUCCCGUACGAGGAAUAUCAGCGCGAGGCGACUCUAGAGGGCGAUAGCGAUGCCACUGUUUUAGAGCGCGCAUCUAAAGCAAUUAUCGAAGCCCGGCGCGCAUGGGAAGCCACACUUGCCCAUGGGCCAUUUAUUGAUGACCCGUCUCUGCCGGCGAAAAUGCCGAGCAUUGCCAUUGAGGAGGAUUGGAAGCGCGACGUGAAAGACACCAUGCGCGCCUGUAUUGGCAGCAGUAUUACCAUUGAGACGGUCAAAAAGGCGCUUACCGGGACAUCUAAUAACAUGAAAACACUGCAGGUGGAUGUCCCCGACGUGGGCUCCAAAAACCGGUGGCACGACUGGUGGGUGGUGCCGCAAGUUUCGGCGAAACCCGCCUGA